CAGCUCCCGUACCUCCAUGGAUCUUACUCGCUGCGGUCGUUUCUGUGCAUCAAACGAGUGACUUCUUCUCAGGCAGUUUCUCUUCUUCCUCCCCUCGUAUCGAUCUGCGUCAGAACGAUUUCAGAGCUCGCAUAACACACGGGGGUGGGUGUUACUGAAUGUGACUAAGCACGCCUGGAGCCCAACUUCCAAGUUCCAAGGUCCAAGGUCCAAGGUCGGCCCGACGAAUCCUGUGGGUAGCGGCGGUGGCGGUGGGGCUGCAUGGUGCCGUCGCCGUGCGAUCAGCUCCUCGGCUGCUUCUCCCCCCAUGGGCUCUAUCGCUCUCUCGGACAUUCUCAAUCUCGAUCACCACCACCAGCAGCAUCUGUCGCAACGGACUGAAUCUCAAACAGGCGCUACGGGCGCUACGGGCCCUAUAGGCCUUGACCUUCCGCCGUUCCCGCCGUUUCCCCCGUUCCCGUCGUCGUUUUCGUCGGUCUCCGCGUUUCUCCGACCCCGGGUGCGGAGAUAACGCACCUCGCGGAACGGGAUUUUCUAAGAUUCUCCCGCCAAUUUUCGCUGCCCGCCCGCAUCCCCGAUAUUCGAGCGAGAGAGCCACUUCCGGAGCGGGGGCGGGGCCUCUUUUUAUUAUUAUCAGGGCGGCGCGGGCGCGGGACAUUAAUCGGCGGCGGAGGGGGAAGAUUAAGUGGCGAGGGGGAUUAAGCCGCGCGGGGACUUGAGGGGGACUUUUAAGGGGUAUGGAGGCAAAGCUCCGCGCGCUGCACAGGCAGGGGAACGUGGGGACGUGCCCCGCGCCGACGGCGGCCGGCAAUGGCCGCAUUGCGCCUUUUUCUUUAUUGGGUGGGCUCAAGGGGAAGCCGUCGAGAGGGGCUGGGCAGGACCGGGACAGUGCGCUGCAGCAGCGGCUGGUGUCGGGGUACGACGACGACGGGCUGAUAUGGAACUGCCCCAUCGCCUCGCACCCGUCAGGCGAGCUGUCGAUGGCAGCGGUGGAGGGCAACGUGGCGUGUGAGGACGUGGCGCGGGUAGACGCGAACGCGCUGGGCACGUUCGUGGGUAUAUUUGACGGCCACGGGGGCGCGCAGGCUGCGAGGUUCAGCGCCGACCACCUGCUGCCAGACCUGCAAGGCGCAUUGUUGGACGAGUGUUGUGGCCGGGGGUGCGACGCCAACUGCGUCAACUGCGCCGUCCGCACCGCCAGAGCCCUUUCCUCUGCUGCUGCUGCCGCCGCUGCUGCUCACGCCCAUUCCUCUCCCACUCCUUCUGUAGCUGCUGGUGACGGUGGUGGAGGGGGUGGGGGUGGGGGUGGGGGAGGAGGAGGAGGUAGGGAUGGUGGUGGAAGUGUGGAUGGGAAAGGGGAAGCAGCUGCAGCAGCAGCAGCAGCAGGGGGAGGAGGAGGGGGAGGGGGAGGAGGGGUUGGGUCUGAAGGCAUUUCGAAGGAGAAUGCCCAAUUGAAUCAGCAGCAGCAGCCAAGCCAACACCCGAAACAGCAGCAGGGGGGAACAGAGAAGCAGCAGCAGCAGCAGGCGGGUGAAAAGCAACAGCAGCAGGCGGGUGAAAAGCAACAGCAGCAGCAAGGGGCUGACAAGCAGCAGCAGCAGCAGCCGAAGUUUCUCCAAGUGCCUCCUCACGCGCCCUCCCGCCUCGCGCACCUCUCGCAAGACCAGCUCAUCUCAGCCGUCCAUCAGAGCUUCAGCCAGAUCGAGCGAAAUUUCCUCGAGAUUGUUCGAAGCAAAUGGCGGCAGGUCCCGCAAUACGCGGCUGUGGGCACGUGCGCCCUCGUGGCCUUCCUUCCCCCACAGGGCUCGGUGCUAGUAGUGGCUUCGCUAGGGGAUUCACGGGCGGUGGUGGGGGUGCGGAGGGGCGUGUUGAGGGCAGUGCGGCCACUGGUGGUGUCGACGGAGCACAAUGCGAACAGCGCGGAGGAGAGGGCGGCCAUGCAGCGGCUGCACCCAGAGGAUAAGGGCAUUGUGGUGCAGCGCAGCGGGGUGUGGCGCGUCAAGGGGAUCAUCCAGGUCACGCGAUCUCUUGGCGACUUCUACCUGAAGCACAAUGAGUUUCAGCGCGACCCUCUGUACGCGCGCUUCCGGCUUGACCGCCCCUUGCGCCGCCCAGCUCUACUCGCCACGCCGGCGGUGGAGGUGCUGCAGCUGGGGCCGGCACACCGCUUUCUGGUGCUGGCGACUGACGGAUUAUGGGAGCACGUGAGCGAUAGUGAAGCAGUCAAGCUAGUUCACUCCAAGCCACGAUCGGGUGUAGCGAGGCAGCUAGUGCGCCUGGCCAUCACCCGGGCAGCGCGCAAGCUGGGCCUAUCGCUCCCAGAGCUGAAAGUGCUGGACCCCAAGCAGCGCCGCAUGGUGCACGACGACAUCACCGUCGUCGUGCUCUUCCUCGACGCGCACUGCAGGGCUGAUGGGGCGCCACACGGGGGGGGGGAGCGGGGGCGGGAGCGGGAGCGGUGGGAGGAAAGGGAGGUGGAGGGGGAGCGGUGGUGGGAGGAGGCCGGAGGAUGAGUUCGGAGAAUGGAGCUGCGAGUGGGAGCGGGAACGUGGGGGGAGGGGCUGGUGCUGCUGCUUCUGCUGGUGGUGGUGGUGGUGGUGUAAGUGAUGGCUAUGGGGCGUGCGAGGGAGUGGCGGGGGGUGUGUCGCUGCGCAGCUAUGAGGAUGUGGACAUACCUUCGUUCCGGCACCAGGGCCUCGAUGACGACUAGAGCUGCUCCGUGUGUGUAUGGAUGCAUGUGUGUGUGCAUGGACGCAUGUGCGCACAUUCGAGUGCAUGCGGUAGCAUGGGGGGAGGUUGGUGGUGCGUGGUGCUGCUGCUGCUGGCGCUGCGCGGCUUUGAGGAGGAUGUGGGCAUGCCCUCGUUCUGGCACCGGGACCUCGAUGAGGACUAGGGGCACGUGCAGCCAGGCAUGACACGGCAUGAAACGGCAUGAGGCGGCAUGAGGCGGCAUAAGGCGGCAUACAGCGGCAUGAGGCAGCAUGCGGCGGCAUGAGGCGGCAUGAGGCGGUAUGUGGCGGCAUGAGGCGGCAUGUGGCGGCAUGAGGUGGCAUGUGGCGGCCUGUGGCGGCAUGUGAUGGCACGUGAGUGUGCGUGGAGGGAUACGAUAGGUUGAGGACAAAGAGGAAGCAACAGGUGCUGCAUGUCCAGUGGGGCCGGUGAUUUGGUUACCUGGUUACUUCUCGGUCCUGACGUGGUGCCAGCAUCCCCCCACCGGAACUUCUGUAGAUAAGUCCAAUCCAAUCGACUGUUGGACGUCAGUGACCCGUGUUUUGGCCGCAUGGCCCGUGUUUUGGGCGCCUGACCCAUAUCCUGGCCUGGUUUACUGAAAUUUGCUGUGGAAGGAUCUGUGGCAAGGCAGCAGGGAAGCAGUACCAGGCUGGGGUGACCAGGGAAGGGAAGGGAUGCUGGACUACGGGUGGUAAUUGAGGGGGGGAGGGUGGAGAGGGAGAGGAGGGGAAGUGCAGACAGUUGCAGGGGAAGAGCAGACAGUUGCAGAUGUGGAGUGGAAGCACCACCAGGCUUUACCAUAGGUACUCUUGAAACAGUGUGGGACUAGUUUCAGGCUUCUCUUCCACCUUACCGUAUCCACCCAGAUAAACGCCCCCCCGGGGGAUAGGAUAUGACUCUGUCCUUUAUUCAGCUGAUGGGGCUUAUGCGCCUUAUUUGAUUAUUAGCCCCUCCCCCUUUGAAGAGCACUUCUGUCAUUUAAGGGCG